UACAUAACAGUAUACAUUCAUUCUGAUUGCUUUAGUUUUGGCAAAUGUUGUGUUUAAUAAAUGAUUCUUGAUUCCAUUUGUUUGACAUAUCUUCUGAAUAAUGUCAUUGCUGAUUAUUGUUAAUAUUUAAAUUAUGCCACUAAAACAUUUUACUAGGGUUUGUACAAGUUGUGAGUGACUUUAAUAAGUAGAUAUUUUUUUGUGUCAAAGGAAAUUUGCUUGUUAUUUCGAACUAGCUUUAAAUGUAAAUCUCUCGUUGAUGUUUUAAAGGAGGGAAGCUUUUAAAACUAUACAUGUCAAGAAUUUAGACCCUUACUACUGUCCAUAAUGCGGAACAAUAUCAAUCUCACACCCUCUGUGCGAUAUCACUCAAAUCAGACAAAUACAAAUAAAUGAAAGUGCAUAGUUUACAUAAGAGAUUACUGACUAUGUAUGGUACAUCGGCCUUAUAAUUUAUUCAUGGAUGCUAACAUUGCUUAGUAGCUUUGGUCAGUUUAUCUGGUGCAUAGUUCAGUAGAUGGACUUUGCAGGCUGAUUUAUUUUCAUAGAAGAACUGCAUGUUUCAAUCAGUUUCUUUUCACUAUAUUCAUGCACAUUCAUGAGAGGGGAUCUGACAUAUUUUCCGCUUUAAUUCUUCAAAUAAAUAUGUUGUUUUAUGUUUACAUUAAAGGAUAAUGUUGGCUUUUGUAAGAAUUGAAUGUAAGUCAGAACUUUGUUGUGUCUUUAAAUACAAGUUGUCUCCAGGCCUGUUCUGCAAUAUGAUGUUUGGUCGCUAGGGGUCAACGUAAAUACACGCACAAAUUCAAUGAUGAUGUGACGUCAUAUAAUCAGCGGCUUGUUCUUCCCACCCCUUGAUGACAUUCACGCUGACACGAUCGUCGUGUCUGUGUUGUGUGUAUUGUAUCACUCAAUGGCUUAUUAGAGGAAUAUUUUCAUGCACAUCACGUUUGGAUUUAGUUUUUACAAGCACCGUUGUUCUUAGAAUGGAGCAGUGAUCUUUUUUUGGUAUCACCAUGGAACAAAGAAGGGCGAUACGGUGUUUGCUCGGCGUCGUGGCUGCGGUGCUUUUGUGCAGCGUGACUUCAGCACAAUUAAGAUACUCCAUCCCCGAGGAGGUGAAUGAAGGAACUGUGGUCGGGAAUGCUGCAAAAGACCUUGGAUUGGAUAGAAAUACACUGAAAGAGCGCAGGUAUCGGAUUGUUUCCAGCACUGCUGAGCCUCUUUUCUAUGUGAGUCAGACCGAUGGCAUCCUUUAUGUCAGCAGGAAGAUAGACAGAGAAAAGGAGUGUCCACAAAGCAGUACGUGUGUGAUGAAUCUGAAGACUGUGUUGGAAAACCCACUGGAGGUGCAUUAUGUUGGAGUGGAAGUAGUGGAUAUAAAUGAUCAUUCUCCUAAUUUCUCAGAGGAGGAGACAACACUAGAUAUUUCAGAAUCAGUAUUGCCUGGAGCAAGAUUUCAGCUAACUGCUUCUCAGGAUGGAGAUAGUGGUCAGUUAUCUGUUCAGCAUUACAAACUUAGUGAAAAUGAUCACUUUCGUUUGGAAGUUAAAGAUAAAGGAAAAGAAGGAAAAAUUCCCAUAUUGGUUGUUAAAAAAUCUUUAGACAGGGAGACAACAGGACGUUUUUCACUAGUUUUAACUGCUUUUGAUGGAGGAAAACCUCCCAAAACAGGUGACAUGAAUAUAGUAAUAAAUGUGUUAGAUAUUAAUGAUAAUGCACCUGUUUUCUCUAAAGAUGUUUACUCUGCGAUGCUUAAUGAAAAUUCUCCAAUAGGAACAGCAGUGAUACAAGUGAAUGCAACUGAUUUAGAUGAAGGUUUAAAUGCAAAUGUGGUAUAUUCUUUCAGCAAAAAUAGUCCAAACAUAUUGCAGCUAUUUGAUAUCAAUGCAAAUACAGGUGAUAUUGUUGUGAAGGGGCCGUUAGACUAUGAGGAAAAUGACAUGUUUGAAAUUGAAAUUCAAGCAUCAGAUAAAGGUUCUGUUCCACUAAAAACAGAAAAAAGUGUCAACAUUAUAUUAGUUGACAUUAAUGACAACACACCUGAGAUUGAAGUGACCUCAUUUUCUAGUUCCAUUCCUGAAGAUUCCAGACCUGGAACUACAGUUGCUCUAAUAAGUGUAAAUGACUUGGACUCUGGUCUCAAUGGCAAAGUGAUUUGUUCUAUAGGUGAGGAUGUUCCUUUUGCUUUGUCACCAUCAUUACAAGACAAAAUGUAUUCUUUAGUGACCAAAUCACCUCUGGACAGAGAGAAAAUAUCCAAGUAUGAUAUUUCAGUAGUUGCAAAAGAUGCUGGUCAACCUGCACUCUCAUCUGAAAAGACAAUAAGUGUUUUUAUUUCAGAUGUGAAUGAUAACAGUCCAGAGUUUUCAUCCAGUCCUUAUACUUUCUAUGUGACUGAGGGCAACCAUGCAGGAGCCUCUGUCUUUUCUGUCAAAGCUUCUGAUCGUGAUGAGAACGAGAAUGCUGCCAUUUCAUAUCAUAUCGUCAGGGAUGGAAGAGAAGGAAGUAAACUGUCUUCAUUUCUAAGUAUAAACACAGAAAAUGGACAAAUAUCAGCACUCAAAAGUUUUGACUUUGAGACGCUGAAAAGUUUCCAGUUCCAAGUAGUGGCCACAGACGGUGGAAGUCCUCCACUGAGCAGCAACGUGACAGUGAACGUGUUCAUUCUGGAUCGGAACGACAACGCUCCAGUCAUCCUGUAUCCAGUCAGCUCCAACGGUUCUGCUGAAGGUGUGGAGGAGAUUCCCCGCAAUAUGAAAGCAGGAGACUUGGUGACUAAAGUCAGAGCCUAUGAUGCUGAUAUAGGAUAUAACGGCUGGUUACUGUUUUCACUGCAGCAAGUCACUGACCACAGUCUCUUUACUUUGGACCGCUAUACGGGCCAGAUCAGAACACUUCGCUCAUUCACAGAGACGGACGAGGCUGAGCAUGGACUGCUCAUACUGGUCAAAGACAAUGGCAACGUUUCCCUGUCAGCAACAGCUACUGUGACUGUCAAACUUGUGGAGCCCAAAGAGGCUUUUGCAGCUUCUGAUGUCAAACGUGCAGCAGCAAAAGUGGACGAGGAGGACGACAAUGCGACUUUUUACCUCAUCGUCACUUUGGGCUCGGUCUCGCUGCUUUUUGUCAUCAGCAUCAUCGUGCUGAUCGCCAUGCAGUGCUCCAAAUCCACAGAGUACACUUCCAAAUAUCUCCAAGACGCUAAUUAUGAUGGGACACUGUGUCACAGCAUCCAGUACAGAUCAGGAGACAAACGCUACAUGCUAGUUGGACCCAGAAUGAGUAUAGGUUCUACUAUAGUCCCGGGCAGCCACGCCAACACUCUGGUGCUCCCUGACAGGAGACACACUUCUUCUGGGGAGGUAAGACAUACAUUUUCUGUAUUUUGUGUAAUGUCAUAAAACAAUUCAGCCAUAUGGCGUAUUUGAUGAACUUGUAUAUCAGCUUGAAUUGUUUGAUUUUGUGAACUCAAUGUUUUUUUAUGUCCUAGACACUGCUUGUGCAUUGCACUUAUAUAUAUUGGAAAAAAAAACAUACAUAACAGUAUACAUUCAUUAUGAUUGUUUUAGUUUUGGCAAAGGUUGUGUUUAACAGAUGAUUCUUGAUUCCAUUUGUUUGACAUACCUUCUGAAUAAUGUCAUUGCUGAUUAGUAUUAAUAUUUAAAUUAUGCCACUUAAAC